AUGCUUCGCGAAAUCUUUUGCACUAUUUUGUGGAUAUGGUAUGUGGCACUGUGGUGUAUAGGUCUGAUAGGAUGGAGAACAGCGCGAAAACAAUAUAGUAACCGACCUCGCUCACCGCUCUCCUCCAGUCCUGCGGAUGCGGUCCCAGGCGUGUCAAUCUUACGACCCCUGAAAGGCCUUGAUACGAAUUUGUUCGAGAACCUCGAGUCAUCUAUGGUGCAGGAAUACCCGAAGUAUGAGGUCAUCUUCGCGGUUGAAAACGAGAGCGACCAGGCGUUAGGAGUCGUGCGUGAUGUGAUCGCUAAGCAUCCACAUGUAGACGCGAGGGUAAAAAUUGGGUAUGAUGCCGUCGGAGUGAAUCCCAAGGUCAAUAACUUGAUACGACCCUACCGUGAGGCGAAGCACGAUAUCCUAUGGGUGAUCGACUCCAACGUUCAAGUCGCGUCUGGAGCGAUGGGUCGUGCGGUCGAUGCUCUCUGCAAGAACAAUCACAAGCCUAACGCGAAACGUAUCGGCCUGGUGCAUCAUGUUCCCUUUGCAUGGGCAUCAGAACGACCUUGGGGAUCACAGAUCGAGGAGGCAUUCCUAAAUACCAAUCAUGCAAAGAUGUAUAUCGCCCUGAACGUCCUCGCCGUCGACUCUUGCGUGAUAGGCAAAUCGUGUAUGUACCGACGAUCCGACGUGGAACAACUGACGGGGACGCUCAAACCUGCGAGCAAGCUCAAGGAUCCCAACAUGAAGCGCGGACUAGAAGCAUUUGGCCGCUUUCUGGCAGAGGACAACAUGAUUGGUGCAGCGAUAUGGCAUGAACUCGGGAUGCGACACGACAUGUCGUGUGAUGUCGCCAAAAAUGCUAUUGGCAAUAUGGACCUCGCCGCAUACUUCUGGAGGAGAGUACGAUGGGUGCGCGUCCGAAAACAUAUGGUCCUAUCGGCCACUAUCAUCGAGCCAUUCACGGAAUCAGUACUGCUUGGAACUCUCAUGGCGUGGAGCCUUCGCUCCAUGCUUGGCUUUCCAAUGGUUGUUGUCCUCAUAUGUCACACUUUGGUUUGGCUGCUUGUCGAUUUGGAUGUAUAUGCCGCACUGGCAGGCCACGCCGUCCCAGCUUCCAUCCGUUUAACAUUCAUUCGAGCAUGGUUUUUCAGGGAGCUCCUUGCGCUACCUAUCUUCCUCUAUGCCGUGUUUGGAAAUGAGGUUACAUGGCGAGGACGGACAUACCGGGUCUUGUCCAAUUCGGAGGCACAGCGGGUCGAGCGCCCUUUGAAAUGGUGGGGCCGAGAGAGACGGUCGGACGAGAGUGCUGGUCAAACCAUUCAACCGCUAAUGGACGAUGUUUCUUAGAUAGACGCUAGCAAUUGCUAAUACG